CAUGCACGCUCCCGUUAUAUAAUUACUCGUCAUGGCAGUUUUGCCCACAAAGCUAAAACUCAAAGACUUUAUAGGAUCUGAAGAGGAGAUAUGCACCCAAUAUGCUUUUAAAUGGAUUGCCGGUGACAUCGGUAUCUCCGGGUACCCCAUGCCUGAAUUCUUCAACUUAAUUAUAGUUAAUAGUAAUGCCGCGGAGGGAACAUCUCUCACUGAUGCGUCGAUCUAUCUUCAACUAAUUGAGGACGCUCGGGAGCUGAAGACUGUUAAGGCAGCUGCCGAUUUUCGAAUGCCAAUGCCAUGUUGCGGAACGGUUUUAAUGAAAGACGUUAUUAAUACAUCGAUUUUUGAAAAAUUUGCAGCGGAAGGAGUAAAAUCCAUUGAGAAGCUCUCCUACUCAUAUCGGCAAGCUUUCUUGAUAUUGUUUAAAUUUCUGCGAGAGAAAAAGAGACAUGGAAAGUCGAUUCAAACUCUCACAAAGCGGUCUUCCUCAACAGUUGGAAAUACAGAGUCCAAUGCUAUGGCUGCCUUGGCACUUCACCUGUUUUCCCAAUUGGUCCCAGACAAGAUAUAUGAAGUUGAUAAAUUAGCAAAGCAUGUUCCAACAGAAUGUGAAUGUGGCUGUCAGACGAUGAUUUGUAGUGGAAACACUUCAGUAGGGUCAAUGAGAACAUGGCAUGGCAGAGUAGAUAUCGUCCUGAACAAUACAGUUGCUGUUGCUGUUAGGAAGGAAAUAACUGGCACAGGUGAAGAUGGCUGUACAGACGCAGAGAGUGAAGAUAGUUGUACAGAUGAAGAUGAACCUGUUACGAAAAAAAGGAAAGCGAAUCAAUGUGAUAUCUGUGUUAAGGAAGAACUUACCGAGAAACCAGGUGCUCUCCUAGAUGAAAAAUUCCUGAAGCAAAUCUUGGCUGAAGCCAUUACAAACAGCUUUGCUCAAGCUAACAUGCAAAAGGAACCACUGUCCCAUUUCUUGAUUCCAACAUUCGGAGCGUCAUCAGAAGAAGUUUCUUUAUGUUUGUAUGAUUCUGUAAACGACCACUUACUGCACAUCAUACAGCCACUUAGGUUAUGGUCUGAUGACCUGGACCGAGAACUUGAACUUGAUUGGCAAGCCAUAGUUGUCAUUUGGCUGUUUUUGAAUUUCGAUGUGUUUAUGAAGAAAGAUCUGCAUGCUUCAAUAAGUCUUGAAAAGUCAGGAUUACAUGAGCAAUUAAAAGGACAUCUGGAGUAUUAUAGACAGGCAGAAACGAAACAGAACUUUACUGGCUCUACUCCUUGGAACAGUUGGUGGCAAAAAGUCAUCAAGAAACCCCUGCCUAAGUUAGAAGUGAUCCCUGAUGAGGCAGAAAAAGAAAACUAAUGAUGUGUUGCAGGCAUUCUGAAUAAACUGAGAUUUUUGUGUUAGAUUGCAUUGCAAUAUUUAGGACUAAUAGAUUGAUAAUUCUUGUCCAUCUGUCUGUCUGUCUGUCUGCACUAAUAGAAGAUUGAAAAUAUGUAAGAUGGAGUAUCAACAUUUAGAUUCCGCCUAGGCUAGCCAAAACAUGAAAACCGUAAAUAAAACACGGAAUCUAGAUGUUGAUGCUCCAUCUUAUAUAUCCUUUGUAUUUAUCUACCGAAAUAGAACACUACUGAAUAUUGUUAGGUAUUCAUCGCCGAUUCCUAUUACCACCAGCUUUCGACCAUCAACCAGGACAUUGGUUCCCCUCCACUCCGACAGGAGUCCUAGUCUUAAAAGAAGAUAGGUUAAGGCAAAUUUUCAUGUUACUUAUACAUGUCCGAUAUCAACUUACAUGAUUUAUGUAUCUAAUCAUGCUCACCACAUGUGAUGGUUCAUAUGCUGGGCUGGACCUGAGUCAGCUAGGUGACCGCUGCUAUUACGAUCACCUUUCAUCUGUCAUCGUCCAUAAAUAAUCACCUUUUUAUACGCCCGUCAAAUUUGACGGGAGUAUUAUGGUAUGGGUUUGUCCAUCCGUCUGUCUGUC